GUAAAAAUAGGGUAUUCGCUGGUUGCUGCACUGUGCUAACCGGGAGGAAAAUAAACACUUGGGCGGGCAGGGAGCGCGCUGCUCGGUCACCACCGCCCCACCAUCCGACCGAGGGACCCGAGAAUGGCUCUUAGCUAAUCGGCGGCCGCUUCUGCUCUGUUGUCGGGGGACUUAAAAGCGACGGCUAGCUGGGUGCUAACAUUAGCACGUAGCCACUGCUGCUAAGCUAACGUCACCGGACCGGUACCACUGGACCGGUACCACCGGACCGGUACUGCGCUGUCUUUACUGUCAGGACCGCAGCAAUGUUCGUGCAGGAGGAGAAGAUAUUUGCCGGAAAGGUGCUGAAGAUACACAUCUGCACCAUGGACGGCACGGAGUGGCUGGAGGAGGUCACGGAAGACACGACAGUGGAGAAACUGAAGGAGAGGUGUUUAAAACAUUAUGUACAUGGAAGUGUAGAAGACCCCAAAACGCUUACGCACCAUAAACUAAUACAUGCUGCUACAGAAAGAGUCCUCACCGACACCAAAACUGUUGCUGAUGAAAAUCUUAAAGAUAAAGACGUAUUGCUGCUCAUAAAGAAAAGACCACCACCGACCGCCCCAAAGAUGGCAGAGGUUAGCACAGAUGAGAAAAAGAAACAAGAUAACAAAGCUCCAGACAAAGACGCCAUCCUGAAAGCUACCGCCAGCCUGUCCACACGCCACACUGACCGCACCGUAACGCAGCACAACAUCAGAGAUUUUCAGACGGAGCUUAGAAAGAUCUUAGUUUCUCUCAUCGAAGUGGCCCAGAAGCUUCUUGCCUUGAACCCCGAUGCCGUCGAACUCUUUAAAAAGGCCAACGCAAUGUUGGAUGAAGACGAGGAGGAUCGGGUGGAUGAGACGGCACUUCAGCAGCUCACUGAGAUGGGGUUCCCCGAGAGCAGAGCCAUCAAAGCUCUUAGAUUAAACCACAUGUCAGUGACGCAGGCCAUGGAGUGGCUUAUCGAGCAUGUAGACGACCCCUCUAUAGACACGCCUCUACCAGGACAGGACUCCUCUGGUGCUGCAGGAGCCACGGCUGCCGCAGCUGCUGCCCCCACGCCGAGCACCUCUGCCUCUGCCUCAGCCUCCGCUUCAGCUUCAGCCUCCGCUUCAGCUUCAGCCUCCGCUUCAGCUUCAGCCUCCGCUUCAGCUUCAGCCUCCGCCUCUGCCUCCGCCUCCGCCUCAGCUUCAGCCUCGGGUCCGAACCUCCUCCGAAGCCUCUCCAGCCAGUCGAGCUCAGAAGAGAGCAGCAGGCAGGAUGAACUCACAGAGAUCUUCAAACGCAUCCGGAGGAAACGGGAGUUCAGACCAGAUUCAAGGGCUGUCAUCGCGUUGAUGGAGAUGGGCUUCGAUGAGAAGGAGGUGAUUGACGCGCUGAGAGUGAAUAACAACCAACAAGACGCUGCAUGUGAAUGGCUGCUGGGAGACAGAAAACCCUCUCCAGAGGAUCUGGAUAAAGGCAUCGACACCAACAGCCCCCUCUUCCAAGCCAUCCUGGAGAAUCCAGUGGUCCAGCUGGGUCUGACCAAUCCCAAGACUCUGUUAGCUUUUGAAGACAUGCUGGAGAACCCGCUGAACAGCACCCAGUGGAUGAACGACCCGGAGACCGGCCCCGUCAUGCUCCAAAUAUCCAGAAUCUUCCAGACUCUCAAUCGCACAUAGAGCCUCCUGGUGAUCCCACCUACCCCGUGUGACUGUGGCAGCUUGUGUGUGUGUGUGUGUGUGUGAGAGAGAGAGACUGGAUGAUCAUAAUGGGACGUUCAGUGUGUGUGUUUCUGAAUGUGGCAGAGGCACAAGUAUUGUUUUUGCCUUGUAAAGACAAAGCCAGAUGAGUCAAAGUAUGAAGAUGUUAAACAUAUAAACUAUUUAUACCAGUAUAGUGAACACACUUAUACAAAAAAAAAUACAAAGGUUAACAUGAACAUUAUUAUUACAGUAAUAAUAUAAAGUAAAGAUUUAGUAUGUUGUUUUUACAUUUUAAUGAACAAUUUAUAGGUCUGACAGACAUGAUUUAUUUUAUAUAAUUUCUCCAUGUGCAAAAACGACAUCAGACAUUGGUUUAAUGUUUACACUUCAAAGAGAAACAGUUUUUGUAUGUUUUGCAAUAUUUAAAUAUCACUUACAGUCCCGUCUGUCUCUUCAGAUAGUUUCCUCCGGCAGGCUUCAUCCUGUUUUUGCUCCUCCCCUCUCCCGCACUCGUUUCCAUCCAAGCGACUGCCUGAGGUCGAGAGGCCUGCGGUCAGAAACGAGCCCGUUGAAAACCGGCUCCCGGGCUCGUUAACGUCUGUGUCCAUUCAGCCCCACAAGUCGACCGCCUCUCCAUUCAAAAUGGAGACGCUGCUCCGAUCCUAUUGGGUUUAAGCCUUUUGGCCUUCUCCAGGAAAGCUGUACACUAAAACUGUGUGUUUUCUUGUCAAUGUGCUCUUGAAUGUCAUACUUUCUUGUCGCGCUCGUUUAGCACUUGUUCACCUCUGUGAAAUCAGCUCACCAGCAGCACUGACGGAGUCAAACCAAGCGGUUUGUCCAGACUCUGACGGGGUUGUUCAGUGAAGCUGAGCCUAAUCGAAAAAGGGGUUUGCCUUUUUUUUUUCUCUCUCUCUCUCUCUCUCUUUCUUUCUUUUUUUAUAAACUUUAAUUCGAAUGAUGAAGACACACACUCACACUUUGUGUCGCAAACUCAUACACACACCAAGAAGUAACUGAGGCUGAGAUUCAACCAGUGUGGAGGUUCUGGUUGAUCCAGUUUCUUCUGAAACCCAUCGGACAUUUACGCUGUCAAACCAAACCAAAACGUCACUGUAUAACCUGCCUUGUCAUUAGAUGUAUCCAGUGGAAAAAAAAGAACAUAUUUUCUGUGCAAUAGCAAUGAUUUCUGUUGAUCUGUAAAGACAUAUAUUUGAUUUGAGUGUUAGAGACGUGUGAACUGCAAUGGGUAGUGUGAUAUACAAUAUUAGCCUUUUGCAUUGAGUACUUCAAGGUCUCAAAAUAAAGUGGGCGGCGGCAGAGCUUUGCCCUUCCAAGGUGUAGCGAGAGUUCAGCAACAGUACGGAGGGCGGUGUGUUUUGCCAAGCUUUUGAGUGUUUUUAUUCAAUAUUUAAAAUGUGGUGUUGAUGUGACUUUCUGCUCAGGGAGGCUGAGAUUGUUUUUCUAGACCUGUCGCUAUGGCAAACCUCUGCUCAACCCCCGAUUAGUUUGGCAUUUACAAAAACAAACUCAAGUGAAAAUGGCUUUAACUAAUCCGUCGAGAAUUUUGCUUCUGAACAAGAGCACCACAAGACAUGGUUUCGUAAAUGCAAUAUUUGGAAAUAUUUAAAUGUUUUUAGAGAGAAGUGUCUGUUUGAACUAUGUAUUAUUACAUUAUUUAUAUCAAAGCCAAACUAGUGACUUGUUCUUAUUUAUAACAUUUUUAGCAAACCUUGAAGCUAAUCUACAAAUGUGAAAAAAAAAAAAGAGACAAAACCCAGAAUGACAUGCUUCAAAUGUUGUUUUUACAAACCAUUUUAAAGAUGUGCUUAUGGACUGGUAGCUCACGGUGGGGAAGCGUCUCUGGAAGCCUCCCUGCACUGCUGUGGACGUCUGUCAGUGGUGACCGGCUGUCUCGUCACCUCCAUGCUCUGCAUUGGCUCGCCUACAAAAAACAAACAUCUCUUCCCUCCUGAAUUAUUGCGAAACACUCAAGGGACACUUAAGGGAAAUGGUCCACGGGAAACUCUGAUGUCUUUCAGAGCAGUCAGCUGGAACAAGCAAAGUGAACUGUAUUGCGCGGGGACGCUGAGGGGAGGGGUGUCGGCGACGUGGAUUAUUGUUUUCACACCGCUUUCCUGCAGGACUGUCCCAGAUCAACAACCUAUGCAAUAUACUCACAGCCUGUUCGUUCUAACAGCCUCAUGGCUCCUGGCAUCUGAAUCACUAUUGCAUUAAAGUUAUUUUUUGUGGCUGUA